AUGCCUAUCGCACGGGUUUCGCUCAGCCCGUCCAAUCUGGCGUGCUUUGCCACGGAGUCUUUCGCUACCGAAACCACAACGCUCAAUUGCAUUGACACCGUCCUCUCGCUCACAACGUCCACUUCGACUGUGGAGGCGACGUCGAACAUAACCGCAACACAGGAGGAGAUAACCACUGUGUAUGCAGUCACCAAUGUUGUCACCACCACCGCCACCACCACGGCCACUGCCGAUCCAACUCCUGAAGGCAAGACGCGGAAGCGCCAGGCCCCGUUUGGACCAUUUGGACCAUUCGGUCCAGGAAGGCCAUUUGGUUCAGGGAGGCCGUUUGGUCAGUUUGGUUCAUUCGGUCCAUUUGGUCCAUUUGGCUUGAGGCUCCGCACUAGAACGUCGUCGUCAACUCAAAGCCGCACCACCAGAACGUCGUCACUAAGAAUGUCGUCGUCAAGAACGUCGUCAUCAACCCGAAGUUCCAUCAGACAGGGGUCAUCAACUCAAAGAAACAUUGCGACUUCUACGACGACCGAAACUACUGAGAUGGUCACGGCAACUACGUCUUCUGCUCCUGUUUGCUCCGACUACACCAAAUACUGGUCCGCCUGCUCGUGCAUUGGUGCCGUCGCCGACAUCACCGAGACAGUCACCGCUGAGAUCGCUGAGACCUCUAUGUCAGUGAUCUCUGCAACAGCUAGCAACACCAUUUCCUCCACUUCUGUGUUUGUCGUGGACGAAACCGUCACCACAACUGAUUACCCGCUCCCAGUCCAAACGAUCAAUGUGGUUGUGGUUGGAGGCAUCUAUUCGGCCCGGUACCUCUCUGGCUCCGACAACAGCUAUAUAAGCUCGGCUGCCAACUUAGCUGGUGCAACUAAUAUUUUGUACCGCCCUGGUGAACAGCCUCUGUUGGCUGCCGACCCUAGGAUCAAGCUCUAUGCGAGACAAUACGACACUAGUCCCCACGGUAUCUUGUACUUUGCGAGCGACCAGGUGGCUGCUGGAAGGGGAGAUGCGGUUGUGACAUGCAAGGUUGACCAGGACGGCUUGGUGAUCUGCAUCGCACCUGAGACGGGGUACACUAAGCUCACGACUUGCCCCUCCUCGGGUAUCUUCACUUUGUCGGCACCAGACUACAGGUCGCCGGGCUGUGCCGAGCCGGUUCAGUUCAAGGUCGGGAACAGAGUAAGCAAGCUGGUCACGCUCGGCGACCCCAGCCAGUUUAGAGGCAUGUACCUCACAGGCUCCGUUUCCGCCUCUCUGAGUUUUAGUGACAGCGCGGGUGGCGCAACCGACUUUGGGCAUACCUCUAGUGGACUAUGGGACGUUAGUUGA